GGGUGGAGGAGAUGGUCAGGAGGGUGGCAAGAGUAGAGGAGACGCUUCACCAUGGAAUAUGAAGUCAAGAAAGGGAAAAAGGGCUUUGUAUCCCCCAUCCGGAGGCUGGUGUUCCCCAAGGCUGGGCGCCGGGCUGCCUUUCGGACCAGUGUGAGUCGCCGGCCCCUGCACUCGAUGCCCCUUUACCCCCCUGACUACCUCAUCGACCCUCAGAUUCUGCUGUGUGACUAUCUGGAGAAAGAGGUCAAGUUCCUGGGCCACCUCACCUGGGUUACCUCCUCACUGAACCCCUCCAGCCGCGACGAGCUCCUGCAGCUGCUGGACACGGCCAGGCAGUUGAAGGAGCUGCCGCUGAAGACCACAGCGGAGCAGGACAGUAUCCUGAGCCUGUCGGCCCGCUGCCUGCUGCUCACCUGGCGCGACAACGAGGAGCUAAUCCUGCGUAUCCCCACGCAUGAGAUCGCCGCCGCCUCCUACCUGCAGGACGACGCGCUGCACCUGCUGGUGCUUAAGACCGGUCUGGGCGUGGACCCGGUGCCAGCCGGCGUAGACGCCAGCCCCGGCGGCGCAGGGCGCGACCCGGGCCCGCCGGGCGCGGCGCCCGAGAAGCGGCGGGGGGGCACCACGGAGCGGCGCCACACCAUCUGCAGCCUGGACUGGCGGAUGCGGCGGCAGACGUUCAGCGGCAGCUGGGAGCGGAGGCACGCCGGCGGCGGCGGCGGCGGCGGCGCGGGCAAGCCGGGCGGCAGCUGGGAGCGGAGGCAGGCGGGCGGCGGCGGCGGCGGCAGCUGGGAGCGGCGCCACCCGGGCUCCAACCCGCUCGACCCGCAGGACCCCAGCCCCGACGCCUACUGCAACCUUGUCAUCCUGGCUGUGGCCAACAGGGAUGCUGCCGAGGAGUCCUGUGCCCUCAUCUGUCAGGUCUUCCAGAUCAUCUACGGGGACCAGAGCAUUGAGUGCGUGGACCGGGCUGGCUACCACUACACGUCCACGCCCGAGCGGCCGUGGCUCUGCAGUCGCAGUGAGAGCUGCCGCACGGAUGGGACUUACGCCUACGACGCCGACUUCAGCUGCUGCAGCUCCUUCAAUGGCUCCCAGGAUACAUUUGAAGCGUGUUAUAGUGGUACGUCCACACCCUCUUUCCACGGCUCCCACUGCAGCGGCAGUGACCACAGCGGCCUGGGCCUCGAGCAGUUGCAAGAUUACAUGGUCACGUUGCGGAGUAAACUGGGGCCCCCUGAGAUCCAGCAGUUUGCGGUGCUCCUGAGGGAGUACCGGCUGGGGCUGCCCAUCCAGGACUACUGCGCAGGCCUGCUGAAGCUCUACGGAGACCGGCGCAAGUUCCUCCUCCUUGGGAUGCGGCCCUUCAUCCCGGACCAGGAUAUCGGCUACUUCGAGGGCUUCCUGGAGGGGGUGGGCAUCCGCGAGGGUGGCAUCCUCACCGACAGCUUCGGGCGCAUCAAGCGCAGCAUGAGCUCCACGUCGGCGUCGGCGGUGCGCAGCUACGACGGCGCGGCCCAGCGGCCCGAGGCGCAGGCCUUCCACCGGCUGCUGGCCGACAUCACACACGACAUCGAGGCGCUGGCCCCCGAUGACGAAAGCACGGACGAGGAGGCCCGGGACUCCCCUGGCGGGGGCGACGCAACUGAGGACAACUACCUGUAGCCGCAGCCCAUGCGGUCGAUGGGGACACACCUGCACUCCCGCCUGUGGGAUCCCGGGCCCUGGGACGCCCCUCGCACAGGACGCGGGCCUCCACUCCCCGGGGUGUCCGUCCCUACCCUCGGGGCUCCAGUCCCUGCAAUACCG